UGAUCUGAUGGAUUUGGCAAGUUUCAGUUAUUAUGGUUCGAGUUAGGAAGCGGUAUGCCAUAUGCGAAGUGACAUACAAUGUGGGCAUGCAGUUUAGAUAUGGGAUCACGAAGAUUCUCAUGUCCAAUGUCCUUCUGAACGAGAUCAAAGAGGAACACGGGGAGGUGGGCUACGCGAGACUGAAGCCGAAUCUCAGCUGUGUUUACUGCAAUCAGGCAACUAAAGUGUUCAUCAUGUUCUACGACCGAGAACACGCCAAUAUUGUGGAGACGUCAAUCGCAAACGUGAAGCAACUAGGCAAGGACUGUCAAGUCAAGUGUAAAUUACUCCACUGCUCUCACACUGCGAAACAGGCCCACAAGUUUAUCGCCAAAUAUCAGAGGGACAAUUUAUUGAAAGAGAGGAAAAAUUCGAGGAAUAUCGAAGAGAGGAAACUGAUCAUGCAGAAAGUGAGGGAGAUGAAUGCCACAUUGAUGACCAUUGCUCAACGUGGUUUUGAUUUUGACUGAAUUUGAUUUUUAGUUUGUGUCUCGGUUA